AGAGCGCAGGGCGGGGCGAGGCGGCUCUCCUCUCGGCCUCGCUGCUCGCCUUCGCCGCGGCGUCGGCUGCCGGGACGCGGCCCUCAGGCCCCGGCGCCCUGGACCUCAGGCCAGUGGACUCAUAUUUAAAAUGGAAGUUGACAUUAAUGGAGAAUCCAGGUCUAUCUUAGCUACUCUACCCUUGCCUAUUGCAGAGGUGAGUGCCACAGGCAAGGCAGAUGCCGAGAAACCCCGCUGCUCCAGCACUCCAUGUUCACCAAUGCGCCAGACUGUUUCUGGCUAUCAGAUCCUUCACAUGGAUUCUAACUACUUGGUUGGCUUCACAACUGGGGAAGAGCUUCUGAAAUUAGCUCAAAAAUGCACUGCAAGUGAGGAGAGUAAAGUGGAAGCUGUGGUACCAACCUUGCGCUCUAAACAGCUUGAUUCGGGACUUUCCCGUUCCUCCCGGGUGUGUAAAGCCAGAAGCCGAUAUUACCAGCCUUAUGAGAUUCCGGCAAUCAAUGGCCGAAGAAGGCGACGGAUGCCCAGCUCAGGAGAUAAAUGCACCAAGCCACUACCUUAUGAACCCUACAAGGCUUUUCACGGUCCUUUGCCUCUUUGCCUUUUCAAAGGUAAAAGGGCUCACUCUAAAUCACUAGACUACCUCAAUUUAGACAGAAUGAACAUCAAGGAACCAGCUGACACAGAAGUGCUUCAGUAUCAGCUCCAACACCUCACCCUGAGAGGGGACCGUAUGUUUGCUAGGAACAACACAUGAAGAUGAAUGCUCCUUGGUUCUUCGUUGCAACAAAUCCACUUUACAAUUUGGACAGGCAGUUGGUUGUAUCAGUCGAAUCUUACCAGACCCUAAUUUAGAGAAUAUCUUACGAAGAUGCCAGAGGAGACAUUAAUAUGAAUUGAACUACUGGAAAAGUCUGAUUGCAAAUAUCUUUAGGACACUAUAAGAAAAACAGAAGGUUUUGCACAUGAAUAUAUGUAGUAUUUAUGGCAAUUUAACACUCAGAAAUUGGUAUCCUGUGAUCUAUGUUUCUGACUGGGCUUGCUGUACAAAACUACUCAUGGAGAAGCACUGAAAUACACUAUUAUUGUUGAAAAUGUGUUUAUGCAAUGACUUUUGCAUUAUAGGAAAAAAUUUGACUAAGAUAGUGUGUUCUUUAAAAUAACCCAGUUUACGUUUCUUGUAACUGGUUUUGCACUGGAAAUUGGAAUGAAACUAAGCCUGGGUACUUUCAAGUUGCCGGAGCCAACUUUUUUUUUGGAGGGGGGGGGGCAUAAUUGAGUUGCUUUUUUAUAAUUUAAAUUGAUUUCAGUGUAACUUUAAAAAAAAUAAAAUGUGUUUCAAAGGAGAAAAAUGAAAACUAUUGGAAGGUAGACAUUAACUGAUUUCAAAUUCAUACCUUUAAAAAAAUAAAGAUUGUCUUAAUACCUACAUAUCAAUCUUUAUGUUAGGUGUAUAUACAUAGAGAAUAGCUGCAAUUGCAUUUACAGUAUCAAAAUUAAUUUUUAGUUUUUAGUGCUGCCAUGUUAGUUAGUUUUGACAGAAGGUCUAAUUAGACUACAUUUGCGCACUUCAUCUGAACAUUCCAGUUGAUUUACAGCACUAAUUGUUGCUAAAACAAAACAUACAAAAAAACCAUUUCAUUUGGACUUUGUUUAAAGGGAAAAAAACUUGAAGGUUUCUGCUAGAUCGUGAAUUAUGUCAAAUGCACUAGCUUGAAAUGUUUGUUUCAAAAAAUAAUCUCUGAACUAAUUCUAAUUUAACUUAGUCUGUCAAUAGCAUUUUAAAAUAAUCUGUAAUGUUUUUGUUUAAUCUGUUUAAGAUGUGCCACGUAUUACUGAAGCUUUGUGCAACCAUGUUAUGUUUUUGGUCUGUAAGUUAUUUAGAAGUGAAAGCUUAAAUUUGGGGGCUAGAAUAAAGGGAGUUUAAAUUGUUUGUGAAACAAAACCAUUUUUAAUUAAAUCCCCGUGGCAUAGUUCUGACUUUCCUAAAUGGGAAGACUGGACUAGUUGUCUCUUAAGACGGAAGGAAAAGGCAAAGAGCACAUGCUUUGGAAGCUUAGAUUCUUCUCCUCUGAUACCCUUUUCUCACAGUUAUGACCAACUUGCAGCGCAGAAUCUGUGGAUAGGUUUUGUUUAACUUUGAGAGAAUGCUUGUACUUUUUACAAAAAGUCAGACCUAUAUUGCAGUAAGGAAAGACUUCAUUAAAAACUGUUCUACAUAAUCUUUAGUGUGACUAGACAAGUACAGUCCAAUGCCAAAGAGAGGGUUUUUACAGUCAUUGAUUGAACAUUAUUUAUUGAUUUUACCCUUUAAAAAUGACAUUGUUGACUAUGAAAUAAAGGGGUUAUGUGCAUACUUUUA